ACACAAUUACUUCUCUUUAAUCAAAUUCUUCGAAUGAGUGAAUAAUCCGACUAUUUAUGCUAAACUAUGAUUACAAAUAAUUACAACAAAUUGUCUGUUUCUUUUUAACAAUUCGCACGAAGUCAAGGUAAUAUCAAAAAGAAGCUCCUCACAUUCGUUAUCUUAGUCAUCAUCUUGCAGUGUGAGAGACAAGAUAUAAUAAAUCGUAAACCUGUUAGACACUCUUUUGCUUUUGUUAUAAACAAGCGUUCGUGCUAAACCGAUUUGUACCUAGUGAGUUAAGAAUCACAAAAUGAGGUCUUGCUUCUUCGUGUUUUUUGCAUUUUUGCAAGCAACUUUUGCCUACCGUUAUGAGCUUCCUCAAGACUCAAGAUAUAUCAACUUCCACAAUUUUGAUGUUUCUCGGAGGUCCAGUCGGCAACGUGGGGGCUUUGACUGGGACGAGCCACCAGAUUACGAUAAUAAUUUUAAUAAUCGACCAAUUUCAAACACGUUUAAUUGGAACCCAAGGCGGGUCGAAAACCAGGACUCGUUUAUCUUUGAAGAUGAUUUCGAAAAUCGAAAUUUCGUGACUACGCCAAGACCAACGUUCCAAGCUUUCCGAAGAACUACACAAAGGACCCCUUCGUCGACUAUUGCAAUUCCUGGCAUGGGGACUCCCCGGACUCCUUGCGAAGACCGCUGUUUGUCCACUCCUGAGUACAACCCUGUGUGUGGUGACGACAACAUGACUUAUUUCAGUAUGCAUCGGCUUAAUUGCGCCCGAAGAUGUGGCAAAAAGGUCAGCAUGAAGCACAUGGGGGCUUGUACAAGAAUCACGCAAUGAUGCUAAUUUAAUCACUUAACUGGUACAGAAUUUUAAUUAUAAAAGACUGAUUUAAUUUAACCAUUUUGUUUUUUAUCAAUAAAAACUAAAAC